CGCCAGUAAGAAGAAAAAAUCCUCCACUUCCAGCUUUGCGCAGACGUGCCUUUCGCCUUCCACCAUGAUUGUGAGGCCUCCCCAGCCACGUGGAACUGUGAGUCCAUUAAAUCUCUUUUUCUUUAUAAUUUACCCAGUCUUAGGUAUGUCUUUAUCAGCAGCAUGAAAAUGGACUAAUACAAUAAAUUGGUACCGGUAGAGUGGGUUGCUGCUGUAUGUAAAGAUACCCGAAAAUGUGGAAGCAACUUUGGAACUGGGUAACAGGCAGAGGUUGGAACGGUUUGGAGGGCUCAGAAGAAGACAGGAAAAUGUGAGAAAGUUUGGAACCUCCUAGAGACUUGUUGAAUGGCUUUGACCAAAAUGCUGAUAGUGAUAUGGACAAUGAAAUCCAGGUUGGGGUGAUCUCAGAUAGAGAUGAGGAAUUUGUUGGGAACUGGAGUAAAGGUGGCUGUUGCUAUGUUUUAGCAAAGAGACUGACAGCAUUUUGCCCCUGCCCUAGAGGUUUGUGGAACUUUGAACUUGAGGGAGAUGGUUUAGGGUAUCUGGCAGAAGAAAUUUCUAAGCAGCAAAGCAUUCAAGAGGUGACUUGGGUACUGUUAAAAGCAUUCUGUUUUAAAAGGGAAACAGAGCAUAAAAGUCCAGAAAAUUUGCAGCCUGACAAUGUGAUAGAGAAUAAAAACCCAUUUUCUGAGGAUAAAUUCAAGCUGGCUGCAGAAAUUUGCAUAAGCAAUGAGGAGCCAAAUGUUAAUCACCAAGACAAUGGGGAAAAUGUCUCUAGGGCAUGUCAGAGACCUUUGUGGCAGCCCCUCCCAUCACAGGCCCGGUGCCUAGUAGGAAAAAAACAUUUCAGGUGCCUGACCCAGGGACCCCUCUGCUGUGUGCAGCCUAGGGACUUGGUGCCCUGUGUUCCAGCCACUCCAGCCAUGGCUAAAAGGGGCCAAGGUAGAGCUUGGGCCACAGCUGCAGGGAGUGCAAGCUCCAAGCCUGGCCAGUUUCCACAUAGUGUUGAGCCUGUGGGUGCACAGAAGUCAAGAAUUGAGGUUUGGGAACCUCCCCCUACAUUUCAGAGGAUGUAUGGAAAUGCCUGGAUGUCCAGGCCAAAGUUUGCUGCAGAGGCAGGGCUCUUACAGAGAACCUCUGCUAGGACAUUGAGGAAGGGAAAUGUGGAGUUGAAUCCCCCAAACAGAGUCCCCACUGGGAAACUGCCUAGUGGAGCUGUGAGAAGAGAGCCACCGUCCUUCAGAGCCCAGAAUGGUAGAUCCACCAACAGCUUGCACUGUGUGACUGGAAAAGAUGCAGACACUCAACGCCAGCAUGUGAAAGUAGCCAGGAGGGAGGCUAUACCCUGCAAAGCCACAGGGGCAGAGCUGCCCAAGACCAUGGGAACCCAUUUCUUGCAUCAGUGUGACUUGGAUGUGAGACAUGGAGUCAAAGGAGAUCAUUUUGGAGCUUUAAGAUUUGACUGCCCUGCUGGAUUUCAGACUUGGCGUGGGUCCUGUAGCCCCUUUGUUUUGGCCUAUUUCUCCUAUUUGGAAUGGGUGUAUUUAUCCAAUGCCUGUACCCUCAUUGUAUCUAGGAAGUAACUAACUUGCUUUUGAUUUUACAGGCUCAUUGGUGGAAGGGACUUGCCUUGUCUCGGAUGAGACUUUGGACUGUGGACUUUUGAGUUAAUGCUGAAAUGAGUUAAGACUUUGAGGGACUGCUGGGAAGGCAUGAUUGGUUUUAACAUGUGAGGACAUGAGAUUUGGGAGGGGCCGGGGGCGGAAUGAUAGUUUGGCUGUGCCCUCACCCAAAUCUCUUCUUGAAUUGUAGCUCCCAAAAUUCCUACAUGUUGUGGGAGGAACCCGGUGGGAUAUAAUUGAAUCAUGGGGGCAGUUUCCCCCAUGCUGUUCUCAUGGUAGUGAAUAACUCUCAGGAAAUUUGAUGGUUUUAUAAGGGGAAACCCCUUUCACUUGGCUUUCAUUCUCUCUCUUGCCUGCUGCCA